CACUGCUGGCAGUACUGAAGGUAUCAUUUUUCAAAGGCUUGACUAUCCUCGUGGUUCUGUUCUGACUACAGAGAAAAUAAAAGUUAUCCGUACUGUCAAUAAGUCUCCGGAGUUCAUCAAUUUCCUAUGAGAAGAUACUUAAAUACCGAUUAAUGUGAGAGAUAAGGAAACAGACCACGUUUUUUGUUACUGGUCACCCUGAUCGAGGAGAUUCUUUAUUAGGAAGAAAGACAAGGGAAACCAUUUUCACGGGAUUUCUCACAAAUGAGAGAUGAGUAGUUAUACUCUGACACCGGAACAACAGUUUAAUAGUAAUUUUGACAAAGUUUCUGCUUACCAUCAAGCUUUUCAAAACAACAAGGCUAACUUUUCUGUGAGCCAUUUGUUGGACUUGGAGGAUCUUCCGAACGAAAAUUGUGCUAUGUAUGCUAACACUGAUCCUCAACCAGGACUGCCUACUCAAGCUUGCACACCGAAUAUUAAUGGAAAUGGACUAACAGACCUCGAUGAGAAGUCCUCGAUACGCCAUGACAGCCACGACAGUAUAUCACCACACAGCCCAGGAAAAAAUUCAAAUACAGACACAGAGGACAAGGACGACAAAGACGGAAAACGUAGAAGAAAGCAAAGACGUAAUAGAACCACAUUUAACAGUACACAAUUGGCAGCAUUAGAGAGAGUAUUUGAAAGAACACAUUACCCAGAUGCCUUUGUUAGGGAGGAACUAGCCAGAAGAGUCAAUCUGAGCGAGGCAAGAGUACAGGUUUGGUUUCAAAACAGAAGGGCAAAAUUUAGAAGGAACGAAAGAAAUAUGUUAGCACAACGUGGAAAUUUAUACGGACGUCCUGAAUCUACACCAAUAGAACAACCAAUUACUCCGCGACCUACUUCCAUGAAUAAUGACUUAUCCUGGUAUGCUCCACCAGCAUAUAGCCCAGUAGUGUCAAACUCGUCAAGUUGUGCAUUGGCAAAUCAUUCAUAUACUCCUCCGCCACAGAAUUUAGGCUCCAGUUUAGCAUGUCUCAGACUGAAAGCUCAUGAAUAUAACAACGUAUUACCACACAACCCUUAUGGUCACCAUAUGACACAAUGACUAUAUGAUAAUUUGGAUCUUGAAAAAUAUUUAUAGAGAUGGCAAUGUCGGAGGUAAAUGCACAAAACGUAUCAUUCCUACUGUUAAAUUCUAUCAUGUUGUGCAAGAAAAUAUAUAUAUGUGUAUCUAUAAAACGUACAUUUUGAUAUAGGAAUGCUUAUACAUAUAUACAUUAAACGAAAGAAGGUGGAAUAACAUGAACUAUUUUUGACGAACUAUCACGUGUUUUCUUCGACAUCGGAUGACAUGCUUUAUAAAAAGAACACACUGUUAUCGUCUGCUCAUUUGAUAUAAACAUCAGCAGAGUGAUUAAGAUCCAAAUGACAAGCGAAGUCUUUGUAGCCUGGAUUAUUACGUACAUCAAGCGUACACUACUGAAUGGACGUGACACUCAGAAAACAAUUGUGUCGAUGUCGAGUGUUUAAUACAUACUUCGGCGGAAGAUCUUCGUGGUGAUAUGGUCCCUCAAAACUGACGAAUGAAUGUGAGGUAUUUUGGUGAGAACAAUUAAUUUCCGACCUGAUCCAUUUCAUUGUCAUCAUUAUCAUGUGAAUCGUUUACGAAAUGUGCAGUGUUUCUAUUUCUAGUAUAUCUUCUUUAGCGAUAUGUGUAUAGUCAUGGUAGUCGAGAGAGACCAUGAACUACUCAGAAGGAGAGUGAUAUGCGUAGAUAUAUACCUACAUAUCAUUACAAUCUCAUAUUUACAUGAAUGUAUGUUCCAAAAAACAACUUCCCACGAAUUGUUCAGUUUGCAAAAUAAGUUGUUGCUUUGAAUAGAGUAUUUGUCCCAACUUUCACCUAUUAAUUCAUGUUUAUUUCCAUUGCACGUAACUAUUAUUUUAUAUGUUGACUUGGGGCAAAAGGGAGUCAAGAUAUUUAACAUUUGUCCAAAAACAACUCAAUGGUUUGACUGGUUGCAAGUGAUCGACAGGAUAACAAUUAGUCCAAUAAUUACGGCAUUCUCUACGACAAAAAUAUCUUUAAAUUGUUUUAAGAAUUGAAUGUUUCUUUUUGUAAAUUUAUUGGGGUGUAAAAACGUUGACCGAAGUACAUCCGCGUUUCAUUGUAAAAAUGUGCGCACGGUCAACGCUUUUACAACCCUAUAAAAUUACUAAAAGAAGCAUUCAAUACUUAUAAUUACAUUUUUUUGCUAGGAUCAUGAAAACACGAUUUCUAUUAAGUUUUUCUUUUAUUUACCUGUGCACUUUAUUGUUGAUCUCGUGUCAUCAUGAAUGUUACAUUUCAUUUUGAAAUGAAGGUUAAUUUCAGAAUGACGCGAGAUUGCUAUUAGCCAAUCAAAAUAACGUAUUAUAAUGAAACCUACAUGUAAUGCAGUUAUUAAGAAUUAAGUUAAAUGUUUUCCUCUUUUAUGUAGUGUUAAGGUAGUGACACACACGGAUACGUUUUAAAUUUAAGUGAGUCGUAUCUAAUAUAUUCUAUGCAUUUUUAAAGGAGACACAUUUCUGUUUUAUUGAAAUGUUUGUCUUUGUAAUGUUUAGAAUGUCAAAUUUACUUGGGUAUAUCCUGUCUAUAAAAUAUUCCGUUUGGCGUAAAACUCAUUUUGUCAAAAAAUUGAAAACAACACGUUUAAUAAUUCCAUGCGUCCGAAGCGCUAAGAGUGCACCCUUGUAUAUUUUUUUAUUUUUUCAAAUAGUUUAAGCUCAUGUGUUGCGAUGCGAGCUAUUGCUUUCACUUAGUGUCUGUCAUCGGUACAGAGUCAUUAACUCUUUCAAAAUCUUCUAUUGUUGGAACCCCCGAGCUAGUUUAGAAGCAGCUGCCACCUUUAUUAAAGUAUUAAAAUGGGAAUUUUGAAAGAAUUCAACCGAAAGACUAAAUCUUUACAGAAAUUUAAAUUUAUCUUUCAAUUUGACAUCCCCAUUAAGGAGCCUUAAAGACGACUUUUCAUGUAAAGAUAUUAUUUUUUUUGUACCUUAUAUAUAUAUAUAUUUAAAAGAUAUGAAAAAAAUAUAUUUUACCAAUAUAAUUUUUACGAUAGGUUUAAAGUUUCUGUGAACAUUUGAUUUUAUUCAAGUCUUAAACAAUGUUCACAAUUACACUUAAGUUCCAAUUUAUUUAAAGGGAACGGGAAUAUAAUACUUUAAUUGAGCAGGAACAAACUAACUAAGUCAAGUCUAUUGAUAUAUUAUUUUUUCAUGUAACAUAGUCCCUAAAAUGUAUAAUUAGUAGGCUGCCUCAAACUUUUUUCAUGCAAUGAUAAUUAUAAUGGAAAAAGAAGACGAAAAGAAAUAGUGAAAUAACAAUGUCAAAAUAAAAAAAAAAACUUAACACGAUAUAGAUAAUGGAUUAACUUUGAAGUCAGUGCUGCACUCUGUUAGUAUUGUCUUUUUCAUGGCGCUAUCCCAAAUAUCAAAAGGGGAACAUCGACCAAAUGUGGCUGCUAAAUUUGGGUGCAUUGUUUAACGUACUACCAUGUGGAAGUCUGAGAUUGCCAUAACGACUGACGGACUUUUCCAUUAUUGUUUGGGGUGGACCACGGCCCCAGCAAGUCAUUAAAAAUCCCGAGACGUCAGAUCAAUCUUGGAAUGCCUUAUGGGAGUGUAAUUUCAAAAUGUCUUCCUUGCAAAUCCUUCAGUUAUGAUUUAACAGAAUGAUUGCUGUAUUUACAAUGAAGGCAAAAGGCUUCUCCUGGCCAUCUAUAAUCCAACUCAAUAAAGGUUAUUGAAUUGACCUGUAGGAAUUUUUGUUACGAUCAAGUUGUCAAACCAUGAAAUGUUAUCCUUGCUAUACAUAAGAAAACCUGUUUGUGCCUGUAGUCAUUGUAAGAUAUACUCACACUUAUCAAAUUAACCUUAUUUUUGAAAACACUAUAUUGUAUAUAUGUUUUUUUGAAAAAUUAUCAAAAUGUUAUAUUAUUUUUGUGUAUUUUUAAUGUACAAUAAAAUAUUUAAAAAAGAUAAA